GGUACGCAAAUUGAAUCAGAUGUUCAAUUUGUAGCUUUUGGCGUAAAGCUCAACACUAGCGUUAUAGAAACCUUGGACCAUACAUUGAUUGAAGAAGAUACCACACGAGUAAAAGUUAGGUCAACUCUUCAAUUAGAUCAUGAUAAUUAUGGACAUAUAUUCGCCCUCGGCGACAUAACAAAUAUCAAUGAAACAAAGCUUGCCUACCGCGCUGGCCUUCAUGCUGAUAUUGUAGCUAAAAAUAUUAUUGCACGCAUUAAUAAUAAAAAAUUGGUUGAAUAUAAACCUGGUCCUGAAUCUAUGUGUAUUACCAUUGGAAAGGUAUUAUUUUACGCU